AUGGAUUACUCCUACACACAAACCCCUCAACCUGACCCUAACCAAUACCAGCACCCAUACCAAUCCCAACCUCAACAACCACCACCACCAUAUGACCCUUCAACAAUUCAACCCUAUGAUCCAAACCACCACUACCAAUAUUACAAUCCCACAUCCCAAGAUUACACCACUAACCCCCAAUUGUACCAAGAACCCACUUCGAUUCAUCCUCCCGGCGUCCCGAUUCCGGCGCCGCUGCCGCAGACGUCGGAUUCCGACACGGCCCAUUUGCAGAAUGCGUAUUAUGGACAUGGGGUUGUGGAGAAUCAGCACCAGCAGCCAAUCAAUUCGGGUUCGGGUUCGAGUCAGGCACCGGUUUCGGAGAUAACCCAGUUUCCGGCGAAGGUGGAGGUGGCGUAG